AUGGCUACAUCCAAUGAUGCGCCUGGUCGCGCAGGAAAUGCAGCUUUGCCGACCCUUCCAGAGAUCACAGUCGAGAUACCGAGGACGCCAAUGCGUGCCAACACGGAUGAUACACUAACUGCAGUUACUGCUGUUGACGACAUUUCGCCUGCGACGCUGGCCCCGGAACGAUCCUUCAGACAGAUGCAAUCCCGAAAUCCAUCGACAAGUGCCCAAAGCACAGCAUCUAGCUCGAACCCACUCACAGGCCGAAGUCGAGCACCAAGCGAGGCCACACUCGCACCGCCUACUACCUCUGCGGGCGCAUCGACACACACGCUGGACUCGUAUCUCCAUGACGAUGCCCUCAAGGCUGACCCAGGGUCCGAGAAGGACUUUGCAGUCCUCAACAACAAGUUCGCAUUUUCCCCAGGGCAGUUGAAUAAGAUGUUGAACCCCAAGUCGCUAGCUGCUUUCGUCGCGCUUGGUGGGCUCCCAGGUCUUGAGACCGGCCUGAGGACCGAUGUUGAUGCGGGACUGAGCACCGAGGAGACCGAAUUGGCAGGAUCCUUGUCUUUUGAAGAGGUCACAAAGCAGUACCGGAAAGCACGCGGUAUUGCAUCAACGCUUCCUCGUCCGGUUGAGGUUCGCCAUGUUGACGUUACCGAUGCUGGAGCUUCUGGGACGGGUUCACAUGCGAACGAUGCUUUUUAUGAUCGCAAACGAGUCUUCAGCGCCAACUUGCUUCCAGCGAAGAAGCCAAAGUCCUUCCUGAUGCUCAUGUGGGAAGCGUAUUACAAGGAGAGCGUACUCAUUCUACUCACCGUUGCAGCUGUUGUCUCUCUAGCUCUGGGUCUGUACGAAACGUUUGGCGUGGAUCAUGGGCCUGGAGCCCCACCAUCCGUUGAUUGGAUCGAGGGCUGUGCUAUCUGCGUCUCGAUCGUUGUUGUCGUCUUGGUAGGCGCUAUCAACGACUUCCAAAAAGAGCGCGCAUUCGUCAAGCUCAAUGCAAAAAAGGAAGCUCGCGAGGUCAAAGUUAUUCGCUCUGGAAAGUCUUUCACCAUCUCUGUCUACGAUAUCCUGGUAGGCGACGUGCUUCACAUGGAGCCUGGCGAUCUCAUUCCGGCCGAUGGAGUCUUCAUCUCUGGUCAUAACGUCAAAUGCGACGAGAGCUCGGCUACCGGAGAAUCUGAUCAGAUGAAGAAGACGAACGCUGAACAGGUUCUGCGGCUCCUUGAGCGCGGCCACAACAACGGCAAAGAUCUCGAUCCUUUCGUCAUCUCCGGAAGCAAGGUGCUCGAGGGGGUUGGAACGUAUCUCGUGACCUCUGUUGGUGUCAAUUCCAGUUAUGGAAAGAUUCUCAUGGCCAUGCGGCAGGAACCAGAACAGACACCUCUCCAGAUCAAGCUCGACAAGCUCGCCAAGGCUAUCGCGAAGCUUGCGAGUUUUGCCUCGUUCCUCCUGCUGCUGAUCUUGCUCUUCCGUCUUGUCGCGACUUUCCCUGGAAGCCCCCUGAGCCCCGCUGAGAAGGCCUCUAAGUUCAUGGAUAUCCUCAUUGUAUCCGUCACCAUCAUUGUCGUUGCUGUACCUGAAGGUCUACCGCUCGCCAUAACUCUUUCCCUUGCAUUUGCCACCUCACAGAUGGUCAAGAUGAAUAAUCUCGUUCGUGUUCUCAAGUCAUGCGAGACGAUGGGAAAUGCGACUACCGUGUGCUCGGACAAGACGGGAACUUUGACGCAGAAUAAGAUGACCGUUGUCACAGGUACCUUUGGCGAGGACUCGUUCGACGACAAGAACCCUGGAGCAUCAGGCAGUCGGUCUUCAGAAUUCGCACAACGCUUGACUGCUCAGCAGACGCGGCUUUUGAUCGAGUCUAUCGCCAUCAACUCCACAGCGUUCGAGGGCGAUGGUGGCGAGUUCGGGUUCGUCGGUUCGAAGACGGAGACGGCGCUUCUAGGCUUCGCAAAGAAUGUCCUGGGCAUGACUUCGCUCUCGCAGGAACGCACUAGCGCACAAAUGGUUCAGAUGCUCCCAUUCGACUCUGGCCGCAAGUGCAUGGGCGCUGUGCAAAGGUUACCAAACGGAACCUUUCGACUGCUCGUCAAAGGUGCUUCGGAAAUCCUCCUGCGAUUCUCUACCUCACUUGCUCUACCUAACGGGGAUGUGUCCAUGGAUUCGACUCGAAGGAAAGCUAUAUCAGACGUCAUCGACUCCUAUGCCCAGCAGUCUCUUCGUACUAUCGGUCUCAUCUACAAAGACUUCGCGCAAUGGCCACCCCAAGGCGCCGAGAACCCCGAUGACCCUUCUGUCGCUUCGGAUCUGGGCGCACUGCUUAACGGCAUGACAUACAUUGGUGUGGUUGGCAUCCAAGACCCUCUUCGUCCGGGCGUCCCAGAGGCUGUCGCAAAGUGCAAGCAUGCAGGUGUCAUCGUCCGCAUGGUCACUGGCGACAACGUUGUUACAGCUAGAGCCAUUGCCACUGAUUGCGGCAUAUACACCGACGGCGUCGUGAUGGAAGGUCCCGAGUUCAGAAAGCUCAGCGACCAGGAGAUGAACGAGACCCUUCCGCGUCUACAGGUGCUCGCCAGGUCAUCCCCAGAGGACAAGCGGAUCUUGGUCACCAAGCUGCGCGAGCUCGGUGGUAUUGUUGCAGUCACCGGCGAUGGAACUAACGACGGACCGGCACUCAAGGCGGCGGACAUUGGCUUCUCGAUGGGCAUCUCUGGUACAGAGGUAGCUAAGGAGGCAUCAGCAAUCAUCCUGAUGGACGACAACUUUGCCUCCAUCCUGACGGCUCUGAUGUGGGGCCGUGCAGUAAACGACGCUGUCCAGAAGUUCCUCCAAUUCCAAAUCACAGUCAACAUCACAGCAAUGGUCGUCGCCUUCGUCACCGCAAUCCAAGACCCCGAGAUGCGCUCCGUCCUCACCGCAGUCCAGCUCCUCUGGAUCAACCUCUUCAUGGACUCCCUCGCCGCGCUUUCCCUCUCGACCGACCCUCCCACCAACGAGAUCCUCGAUCGUCCGCCCACGCCCCGCAGCGCUUCCAUCAUUAGCCUCACCAUGUGGAAGAUGAUCAUCGGCCAAACCCUCUUCCAGAUGACCGCGACGUUCGUCCUACAUUUCGCCGGCCCCAAGUUCCUCCCCUAUCCUGAAAAUGAGAUGCGCACUAUCAUCUUCAACGUCUUCGUCUGGCUGCAGAUCUUCAACCAGUACAACAACCGCCGUCUCGAUAACAAACUCAACAUCUUCGUAGGCAUACACAAGAAUUACUACUUUAUUGCCAUGAACGUCAUCAUGGUGGGGUGCCAGGUGGUCAUCAUCUACUUCGGCAGCACGGCGUUCAGUAUCGUGCAGCUGAACGGGAACCAGUGGGCCAUCAGCGUGGUUGUGGCGCUGUUGUGUGUGCCGUGGGGUGUUUGUGUGAGGCUGUUUCCUGAUAAGUGGUUUGGGGCUAUUGCUAAAUUUGUUGGACGGCCGUUCGUGGCUAUGUAUCGUCCGCUCGCGAGAUUCACGGAUCGAGUGUCGGAGAAGCUGUCGAGGAAGAAAGGGAAGGCAUCUGAGGAUGGAGAGAGUGAUGGAGGGAGUUAUGCGGGGAGGGGCAAGUCGCCUGUUGAGACGGUGAGCGUUUCGGGGGAUGUGGAGAAGAGUGUGUUGUAA